AUGAAGUUCAAGGCAUUUCUUACAGAGAAUGGUGUAAAUCUUUUGGAAAAGAGGUUCCUACCAGCACUAGACAAGAUGGGAAAGAUAUGCCAUCUAUACCUCAAUAGAGACCAUGCUAUCUUCCUCCACAACCUUCUCAAUGGUGAUGGAGUUCAGUCUAUUGCUCAGUUUCGCAAAGAAGCUCUUUUCGAUGACUAUCGCAUCUCCAGCCAGAAUGAGGACCGCAUUGCCUUUGCAGUAGACAUUUCUCUUCUCCACCGUGCUCUUCGUAGUAGUGUCAGCAUCUGUACUGAGUUUGGAAAUGGGCCUACCGCCAAUCGUCUCCAGAUUAAAUUGGUUAAGAAGCUGCCUCCAAAUUCUACUCAACCAAUGCCUUUCCUUACUUUUGAGACCAAGGGUUAUAAAUCUGCUGUAAUUCAGGAUGUGCCAAUCUCAAAACCUUUGUCCAGAGCUCAGGUUCUUGAACUUCAAACUGCUCUUGAUAUGGCUCAAGAUUUGCCUCAGACUCUGGUUCAGGUUCCAGAUUUGAAUCAGUUGCAGAACUUUGUGGAUCGGAUGAGGCAUGUGGGCGAGUUGCUCAAUAUUUCCAUAAGCAAGUAUGGGGAUUUACACAUUCAGAUUUCCACAACAUUAAUCACACUUGGUGCUGAGUUUCAGAAGCUGUUGGUCUUAGGUGAAAGAGCUGAUGCUCCAUCUGAAGAUGGAAACCUCAGUGCUCAGACUCGGUCAGCAAGGGCUAUUUUGAGGGGAGAUGCUCAAUCUGUGCAAGUAAGUGUGAAGCAUUUUGGCAAGAGCCUUCAGUGCCACUUGGCUAAGCCGGAUUGCGCUUUCUAUGGGAUUGCUCCGCAAGGUGCUUGCUUGACAGUGAUCUUCCAGUUUUUCAUUCCUGGUUCCCAUCAAAUGGACAAGUCAAUCAGUCUACAUUGCAGACUUCCUGUACUGGACCAAGGGUCAGGUUGA